AUGGGCGACUGGACGCAGCAGUCUCAUAUACUCGCGGACCAUGUCGUGCCUGGCGUCCUCGGCGCAGUCACAUCACUCUACUUUGACCCAUACGCCGAGCUGAUGUGGGCCGGCAGCGCGUCUGGCCAAUUGACGUCACAUACUAACACCCCACCGACGCAUGCGCGCUACUCGAGCUUCGCGGCACACGGCACACCUGCACAUCCAAGUCCUGUACGCGGCAUCCUGGCAGACGAGAAAUAUGUCAUGAGCAUAGGCUCAGAUACCAUGCGCGCCACACAGCGGACAGGGCUUGGGCAGUGGUCAGUGCCUAUACAGGCGCAUGCGCCAGGCCUCGAGCUCGCUGGGAUGUGUGCAUCGCCGCACAGCACUGACAUUAUCGUCGGUGGCGCGACGGCAUCCGCUGCGGGCGGUACCCUGGCCGACAGCCCCGUGCUGCUUGCGAUCCAUGACAGUCAUGUGCUGCGUACAGCGCCGUCGGACGCUGCAAUUACACAUAUACUCAAAGCCGGCAAAUACGUGUGUACAGGCACAGAGCAGGGUACCAUUCAGCUUCGCGACCCCCGCACACUAUCGAUCGAGCACAAACUCAUGGCACACCACGGCGGCCUGAUUGACGUGCAGGCAGAAGGUAGCCUCCUUUACAGCAUCGGCUGGACGCUCCGGCAGGGCCACCGCAUUGCAGAGCCGCUGAUCAAGGUGCACGAUUUACGCACGCUCCAGCCGCUUGUCCCGAUUCCCAUGACUGCGCCUGGCGGUCCCGCCUUUCUUGCAGUGCAUCCAAAACGCGCCUCGAUGCUCGCCGUCGCGACGCAUCAAGCGCAGUUCCAAAUUGUGGAUACGCACAACCCAGGCCAGAGUCAGUUCUACAUGCUCCCAUCUGCAUCCUACGUAUCCGCACUUACGUUCUCGUCAAGCGCCGAGGUGCUUGCGUUCGGCGAAUCGGACGGGUCCGUGCGCUUGUGGACAAACGACAAGGACGCCGCGGCGAUGGCUGCGCCGAUGCGCUUCAAUACGUAUCCCACGCAGCCGCUCGCGAUGCCCGAGUAUGUGUCGACGCCGCGCAUGGAGUGGAAGCAUGAUACGCCGCUCUCGUGUAUUGGGAUGCCCUACUAUGACCACGCGCUCUUCUCUGCCAUGCCGUCCGAAGAGUACUGGAGCCAGGGCACGGCGCUGCUCACGAUGCCGGCGCCCCUCGAUCCCGCUGUGCUUGAUUCGGUGCACUUCUCAGGUGGCAUAGGGUACGCGCCCCUUCCGCGGCACCUGCGCGGCAAGCGCAACCUGCUGCUUGGCACCGACGACUUGACAGACCGCUUCGACCGCAGCGGAAAGCUGAAACGCACGGCACUGGCCCGCCUGCGCAGCAAGCACGGCGAUCGUCGUGUGCAUCUUGCGCGCUUUCACAGCCAAAAAGCGGGCGAUGCAGACGAGGCACCGGGCGCCGAUGGCAUGGGCAUGCCCGACUACUGCCGCCAGCUCACCAUCCAGUACAGCCGCUUUGGUGUGGAGGACUUUGACUUUGCCUCCUACAACAAGACGCCGUUCGCGGGCUUGGAGACCAACAUUGAGAAUGCGUAUGCAAACGCGUACCUGCAGGCGCUGCACUAUACGCGGCCGCUGCGCGCUUUCGCGCUGCGGCACAUACUCAUGCCUUGUGCACAGCCCAAGUGCCUCUUGUGCGAAGCAGGCUUCCUCUUCCGCAUGCUGGACGAUGCGCAAGGAACGCGCUGCCAAGCUGCGAAUUUGCUGCACACGCUAAAAGCGAUGCCCAACGUCGCGACGCUAGGCGUGCUGGACGGCGCCACGACAAACGAAACGUCGCGCGCGUACAGUGAGCUGGCCCAAACGCUGAACCACUUUAUUCUCGACACAUUCUCCCACGAAGCAAUGCGCCUGCAACACCAUUUUCAGCAGCUCUGCGCCAAUCCUUGCGCGUUUGCUGUCGAGACCAAAACUGUCUGCACGCUGUGUGGCUACGAAAAAGCGCGGCAGCAUGGCGCACAUGUCGUAGACCUGCUGUACCCAAGCGCCGGCGCCGUCGACAAUCUAGCGCAGCUCCUUGCCCCGUCGCUCGCUCGCGAAACAAUGUCCAAGAGUCGGUGCCGCCGGUGCCAUGCACCACAUGCCGUGCACAGUACAUUCAGCACCGUUCCGUCCAUGGAUGCCUUGCCCGAUGUGCUGAGCAUCAAUGCGGGUGUGUAUGCUGCAAACCAGCUUGCGCAUUGGAAGCCGCGUGCGAACGAAGAAGAAGGGUUUGUGCCGCCGUGCAUGUGGCUCGACGUGGAGCACGGUCGUCUUGUCGCACAGGGCGUCUACGACGAUGCUGUGCCGAAGCGCGCGUGCGCCAUGUAUAGCAUCCGCGCACUGACUGUGCAGAUUCAAGGCGCAAACGACGCGCCGCAUCUUUGCACGUUUGUGCGCGCGCCGGGCGAGGUGGAUGCGUGGUACGUUUUCAACGAUUUCCUCGUACGCCCGGUGCGUGCACAAGACGCGCUCUGUUUCGGCCCGUCGUGGAAGAUCCCCGCGGUGCUGUUUUACGAGCGUGUGGACGCAGCCGCCUGUGCUCGCGAGCAGCAGCUGGUGCAGUGGUCGCAGGCGCUGCAUCCCGACUAUGACCUGCUUUUGCACGAUACCAACCUUGCAAAGCACCGCGAUCCAGCGCUUAUGCGCCAGCAAGUGCUCGAUGUACUCCCUUCGCCAGGUACACUCGUUGCGAUCGACACCGAAUUUGUAGCGCUCGCGUCGGAGGAAGUAGAGCUCUGCUCGGACGGUACACGCUCCGUGAUUCGUCCCAGUAUGCUUGGUCUUGCAAGGGUCAGUGUAUUGCGCGGAGAGGGGCCGCAAGAGGGUGUUGCGUUUAUCGACGAUCAUAUCCAUACCGUCGAGCCUGUCGUUGACUACCUCACGCAAUACUCGGGGAUCCAACCCGGCGAUUUGGAUCCCGCCACGACAAAGUAUACCUUGGUGUCGCACAAAAUGGCCUACAAGAAACUACGCAUCCUUGUGGACCGUGGGUGCCGUUUCAUUGGGCAUGGACUGGCAAAGGAUUUCCGCAUCAUCAACAUCUUUGUGCCGCCGAGUCAAGUCAUCGAUACCGUGAAUUUAUUCCAUUCGCCGGCGCACCCUCGAAACCUUUCUUUGCGUUUCCUUGCUUGGUUUUUGCUCAAGCGCGAUAUUCAGUCGGGGCUGUUGCUGCACGAAGGACACGACUCGAUUGAGGACGCGGAUGCGGCUCUGCAGCUGUACCGAUCCUACGAGCAGUUUGAACAGGACAACCGACUCGAGGAUGUGCUCGAGGAUCUGUACGAGAUGGGGCCGCGUACCAGCUGGCGGCCGCCGGUAAAGACGGAUGGGUAG